AUGGGGGACCUCAACGGGGCGGGGACUCCAACCAAGGACAUCCAUGGUGCCAGUGGUCUCCGGUGCGGAUUCCCCGGCCAGCCUGCCAACGGCUGGAUCAUCAACGAUGCCACCUUCUACUUCUACCGGGACCUGGCCACGUACCAGUGUGCGGACGGGUUCGUCCUCUACGGGCCGAGGCAGCGGAUGUGCUUGGAGAAUGGGACGUGGAGCGGGACGCUGCCCGCGUGUGGUGCCAGUGGUCUCCGGUGCGGAUCACCCGGCCAGCCUACCAACGGCUGGAUCAUCAACAAUGCCUCCUCCUACUUUUACCGGGACCUGGCCAGGUACCGGUGCGCGGACGGGUUCGUCCUCUUCGGGCCGAGGCAGCGGAUGUGCUUGGAGAAUGGGACGUGGAGCGGGAGGCUGCCCACGUGCGAGUUCAACUUGGCCCGUGGAAAGGUGAGCGAGCAGAGCCUGACGCCAUCGAAUUAUCUGUCGGAUCUGGCCGUGGACGGAGACCCGGGAACGUGCUCGUGCGCGCUGAGGGACACGUAUUCGUGGUGGCAGGUGAACCUGGGACGCAGGUACAAUAUCGCCUCCAUCGACAUCCGCAUCCAGCGAGGGACGUACCAGGCAUUCACGGUGUUCUUGAUCGACGUGCGGGAGGAAAAGCUGGCGCUGUACGAGGAGUGCGCGAGGUUCUCGGGGACCUUCCCCAACGACAAUAAGAUGUUCAGAUGCAAGGAGGGACUGGGGACCCCGGGGCAGAUCGUCUACAUCAGGGACGACCGGCAGACGCAGGCGUCCCUGUGGCUCUGUGAGGUCCAGGUCUUCGCCUCUCGAGUUCCUUCCAAGCCGAACAACCUGCGAAUGGUGGAUCGGACGCCGACGACCAUCGCACUCAAGUGGGACCGGCCGGACCACGCCAUCAACUCCAUCAUCGGCUACGAGUUGUACUGGAACGUCGCCUAUUCGACGGAAGUGAAUCGCAGAAGCAUUCCGGUCGUGGAAGAGUACCUCCUCACCAGCCUUCAUCCGAACAAGCAGCACUUCAUUUGGCUCGCUGCGAAAAGCAUGGAGGGCGAAGGUGCAUCCACUCCUGCCUUGCAGGUCUCCACACAGGAGUUCGACCGGGUGCCAUGUGGAGACCCCGAGCAGCCGAUCUACAGCAGCGUGAACCGGACGGAGAACCAAGCUCAUUAUUCCUGCCUCCCCGGCUUCAUCUUGAAGGGGGAGACGGUACGGAACUGCCUGGCUGAGGGGCAGUGGUCAUCCUCGCCUCCGACGUGUGUCGAGCAAGAGUGCGAGGCGCCGGUGCAGAUCGAGAAUGGAUUCUUCCUCUUCCCCGACUUCAAAGGCAGAUACGUGUUCGGGCUUCGGGCCAUCUACGAGUGUAACCCAGGGUUUCUUCUCUGGGGAAAUGCCACGAGGACCUGCAGUCCUCUUGGGGUCUGGUCCGGGUCUGUACCGCAGUGCAAGAAGGUGCAGUGUCCGGCUCCACCGUCGUUCGCAAAUGCUGGAUUGAUCCUUCCCAACGGAUCCGAAUGGAAGGCCGUUGCUGUUUAUCGAUGUGAUCCUGGAUUCAUCCUGCCGGAUGGCGGAAGGGAGUUGAGGGCCCGAUGCAUCGACUCGGGGGAGUGGGAGUCGGUCGUGGUGGACUGCAUGAACGAGACAAGGGAGGACCGAGGAUGGAGUCUGGAGACAGAGGUGCCCCGCACGAAUGAGGAACACGAGGGUGCGAAGGAAAGAGAGGGAAAUGUGACGGGUGGACUGACGGAGGCGUCGAAGGUGGAGGUCAUCGUGGGGAUCACCGCCAUGACUGUCGUCCUGUGUCUCAUUCUGGCCAUCAUGGGAUAUCUCUUUCUCAAGCGCAGGCGUUCUCGAGGCGACGUGAAGAAGAGCGUGCUAAAUCCGCGCUCCACCCCACGCUGCCCCUGUAUCGAAGCCCGCGACCACUUCUACGACGAGGUCUACACCCCGUCGACUCGCAGCCAUCUCUCCUCGGCCGCCGGCGCGGGCCAGACCCCAGCGACAGGCGACGACGACUCCCUGGAGCCGAUCUCCAUCUACCACCCGAUGGACUCUUCCAUCUCGGACGGCUCGUCCUCCGUCAACGACAAUCCCUCUCUCAUCUACGACGUGCCGGGGAAGGGACAGUCGGACCAGGAGCAUCGAUACCAGAACCUCCCAGUCCUGAAGCCCCUCCACACCUCCAAGGACAUCACGAUGCCCGACAUCAUGGUAUCGACGAACGUCCCUCCAGACAUCCUCGCCCUCUACGCCAAGGUGAACAAGUCGAAGAUGACUAAGACGAAGGGAUCGGAAGCACCAAACGACCCACCCAGAUCCUCCAGUCCCUCCUACUACAACCCGAUCCCCGCUCACUCCCGUCCCAACUCGGACUACGAGACCCUGGACGAAGCCAACCAGAAGCAGGAAGAGGGCGUCAUUUACGACGAGAUCGACGUCCCGACCCGUGAAACCGAUCGCCAGCAGUCACACGAGGAACAAGAUGGACGAGCCCAUUCCAAUAGUGGGCCUCCUUUCGUUUAAGAAGGCCCUCAUUUUGUCGAGGACUCUCGAGAAUUCAUGCCUUCCCACACCCCUCUCCCCCAGCAAAUUUCAAAUCCAAAAUUCGCGAUGAAAAUAACAAUUUUGGGGCGAAUUUGCCACGAAACAAACUUAGCC